AAUGUGAUAUAAAAAUAUAUAAUAAAUAGUUUUUUCUGCCGCACAUCACAGUGUUUAUUUAUAAUUUGUUAUUUAUGUGGUUAUUGUCAUAAAAUGGCAGAAAUCGCAAAUGCCUCGAAGAAAAGCGAUAGUUUGGGUUCAUCAAAUGGAAAUUUUAUAUGUGGAGUUGUAGAAGGUUUUUAUGGAAGACCAUGGACAACAGAGCAGAGAAAAGACUUAUUUCAAAAGUUAAAAAAAUGGGGAAUGGAUUCCUAUGUAUACGCCCCAAAGGAUGAUUAUAAACACAGAGCCUAUUGGCGUGAGCUAUAUACAGUUGAAGAAGCAGAUCAUUUAACCGGUUUAAUUACCGCUGCAAAAGAUCAAGGAAUCGACUUUUAUUAUGCACUAUCCCCAGGUUUAGAUAUAACUUAUAGUAAUUCAAAAGAAGUUUCUGCACUGAAAAGAAAGUUAGAACAAGUAUCUCAAUUUGGUUGUACAGCCUUUGCUCUAUUAUUCGAUGAUAUUGAGCCUGAAAUGACUGAACCCGAUAAGGAAAUUUUUCAGAGUUUUGCACAUGCACAGGUUUCUGUGACAAAUGAAAUUUUCCAACAUUUAGGAUGUCCAAAAUUUUUGUUGUGUCCUACGCAAUAUUGCAGUACGCGAGCUGUUCCUUCUGUCACGCAAUCAGAAUAUUUGAAUACACUUGGAUCAAAAUUAUCAACUGAAAUUGAUAUUAUGUGGACAGGUCCCAAAGUAAUCUCAAGGAUAUUGACUGUAGAAUGUAUUAGAGAGAUAACAGAAGUUUUGAGGCGACCACCAGUUAUUUGGGAUAAUUUGCAUGCAAAUGAUUACGACCAGAAAAGAGUAUUUUUAGGUCCCUACUCUGGUAGAUCACCUGAAUUAAUACCAUAUUUAAGAGGUGUUUUGAGUAAUCCCAAUUGUGAAUAUAAUGCAAAUACUGUAGCCAUUCACACAUUAGCGCAUUGGUCAAAAUGUAGUUUCGAUGCUAGACAUUCAAAUGAUUCAAUUUCUGCAGAUAUUAAAUUGGAAACAGAAACUGAAGAAGGAUUUAGUAAUGAAGAUGCACCAAUGGGCCUUUCAAAAAAUACAUAUCAUCCAAGGCAAGCUUUAAGAAAUGCAAUAGCUGAAUGGUUGCCUGAAUUUUCAAUACAGAAAGCUGCCUUUGGACCAUUUAUUAAACCACAACCAUCAGUGCCAGGCUUUAUUCCAACAGCGAUGCCGAUCAUUCCAAUACUGCCCUCAGUCAACACUUGCAUGAGUUUGACCACCACUACCAGCUCCACCACCACCACUGCUAUACCAGUUGUACCGACUAAUCAACUUCAAGCAUUGGCAGACGUUUGCAGCACGGUAUCAGGCAAUGAGCAAUUCAGCCCGCUACCAAACCCUGUGAUGAAUUCUCUAGUAUCUCCCACAAAAGUAGUAUUAAAUGAUUCUAUACCCAAUCCCAUAACUAGUACUGUAGCCAAUCUGCCACUUCCUCAAAACAUACCUGUUUCCAGUAUUCCCGUACCAAUUAUGUCUAUUAAAGCCAUGGAAUCAAGUCCUGCUAUUGAAACUGAACAUAUUUGCAAUGAUAGUCAAAAUGAAAUGGCAGUAAAUAAUUCUACAAAUGAAGUGGAUAAAAUUAUUGAUGAUGAUACUGUAGAUCCUGAUGUUGCAGCUAUUAUUACGCCAGCGGUUUGUGAAGAUUCAAAGUUAAAUAAGAUGGUCAGUGGGAAUGAUGAAGAUUUUGUAGUUUCAAACAAAAGUGUGAUAAAUUGUACUGAAAUGAAUGGUACAGCUAAACCAAUGAAUGGUGAUAUGGCAACAGAGGAUAGUUCUCUUUCUGAGCCAAUGGAAUGUGGAAGCAGUAAUACUUCUCAGCCCAGUCCCGUCCAUGUAGUUAAAACAAUUGAAACAGAUGUUAUUAUGUCAGAAAGUACUUCGAACUGUUCUGGAGGUAGUAUGCAAGUUGAGACGUCUGAUACUGCAUCCAUUUCAACUGUUGGAACUACUGAGAUGACUAUUGAUGCAGAAAAGACAGAUUUAGUUAUGGAAGAUUUGGUGUUACUCUGUGAUUUAUUCUAUUUGCCUUUUGAACAUGGAAGUCAGGGUUUGCAAUUAUUACAGGAAUUUCAUUGGUUGAAAACGAAUGCCCAAUUAGUUAUAAUAUCGAAUAGAAGUAAUGAAACUAUGUCUAAACCAGAAGUUCAAGAAUGGUUUAGAAGAUCAGAUAAAUUUUCAACUUUAUGUUACUCUGUUUCAAGAUUAGCAUUAAAGUUAGCUCACUGUCAGAAUCGAGAAUUAUUACAUGACCUAUACUCGUAUGUUUGGGACAUGGGAAAUGUUGUCUCGUUACUAGAUUCAUAUGUGAAAUGGCUAGCUUUGGGUAGAUUUCCAACAAAUAUGGCCAGUUAUAUCCAAGGAAGUUACACAUGGUUUUCUAAAGGUUGGAAAGAAGCAUUUAUGAGUGGAGAUCAGGAACCUUGGGUUUUUAGGGGUGGUCUCACAGCUGAUUUACAGAGGCUGAUACCAGUAGAUGCCGGAAACGACCUGUUCAUCUACAAAUUACCAGAAUUACCGGAGCUAACUUUAUACACAAUAAGACCUUACACAAAUUCUGAUGAGGCUCGGGUUUAUAGAAUAUGCCACGAAACCUGUAGAGAUGGUUCGGAUGCUACUGAAUUGUUUCCUGAACAUUUACAAGGUAUUCCUGCUGAUAGGCUAGUCGGUCCGUUUUUGACUUUGGUUCCUGAAUUUUGUAUGGUGAUAGAAGAUGGACGUGAUAUUGUCGGUUAUGCAUGUGCUGCAUUAGAUGCUAGAGUUUUUUAUAGAAAUCAACAGAUGGCUUGGAUUCCUGAAAUGUGUCUCAAGUAUCCAGCUUCACUUCUGGACGACGGCAGAGAACUUUCACAAGCAGCAAAGGAAUCUUUAAACCAUUUCCACAACUUCAAAUAUGAAUGUCCAGACAGUGUCCAUUCUCAACAUCCUUCCAUAAUGUGUUGCAGUGUAUUAUCAGUUAUAUCUGAUUGUUCUAUUGCUAAACGACUUGUAACCUGCAUGCUGGCUGCCCUUAGGGCUAAUGGUUCCUUUGGUGUUCAUGUAUGCAUUAAUUCAACUGAUCUUUAUAUGAAUCAAUUCUACUCAAAACUCGGAUUCAUGGAAAUCUAUCAAGAUCCAAUCAAUUUAAGAGUCUACCUAGGAAGGACAUUCUAGCAUAAGAAAAAGCCACUUCUAAGUGGGACAAACAUCAUUAUCAGAAGCAUCAUAAGCAAUAAGAAUAAAUCAUAGCAGGGCUAAAAAUUAAUUGAAUAUUUUGAGCUUGUUGGAAAGCGGCACCGGAUCGAUUUAUUUAUGAUAUUUUAAUCUAAUCUUAUUUUUACCUCUUUGAUUAGUGGUUGUAUCU